GUUGAACCUGUAUCCCCACCGGUUGCAAUAGAUACCACAUUUCUGGAGGCGCGAUAGAGACGCCAGCCACUAUUUUUUACGCUGUCUUGGCACACCUAACAAUCCUCGUCGAGCAAUCUUAAGAGGGUCUAUUUGAUGUAGCCUCGUCUCCGGAACCUAAACGUAGCUUGGUUUUCAGGGCAUCGAUAUUCUUUGGGCGCUUUUUGCUCUCCUGCUCCGCUUCCUUUUGGCGCUUAUUGCUCUCCUGCUCCGCUUCCUUGAUCGCCGCCAGCUUGGCGAGGCUUGCUUGUGGCGACGCUCGUCAUUCCCUCGGUAGCGACCGUGAGGACUUGCAGCCUUUUCCGUUUGUUCUCGACCUCCUCCGACGCUCUCUUCGCAUUCGCCUUGUCAGUCUGGGCUGCCUUCUUCUCCUGCUCCGCCCUGAACGCCACGGCUUUGCGACGCUCACGGGGUCACCGUUCGGACAGGCUCGAUCUAGAGCCGGCUUGCUCGCGACGGUGGAGUCCUCGUGUACGACCGCGUCCCCCUUUUCGUCCUUGGAUCGGGUCGGGGGGCCGUCGGAGAGCUCGAGGUACUUCCAUUCGGCGGGGCACCUGUCGCUUCGCCCCCACGCCCCCGCCAUGAGGAUAUACGGGUAGCAGUAGUGACUCGGCACCUCCACCUCCUCUUGGAGGUCCUCUCCCGGCUUGGACGCCGGACGCUCUUCCCUCUCGCGCCGCGCGUUGGCAACGGCGAUGGCGGCCAGGUCCAUGACCGUGUCCCCCGUCGUCACCGGCGCACCAUCAUCGGCGGCCGUCGCCGCCCCCUGCGUACCAGCACGCGCUUGACGGAGGGCGGCGCCAGCUGCCGGAGUCAACUGCCUCUCUCGGGUCCCAGCGCCAGAAACCGGAGACGCGCCUUCCGCCCCCGCUCCGGUCCCAUCCCCAGAAGCCGGAGCCGCGCCCUCCGCUCCCGCCCCCGGUCCGCCCCGCCCGCUGCUCCCAGCCCGCGCGGCGAAAUACUCGCCCUGUUGCCGAUCAGGCUUAGAAGGCGCCUCACGCCCAUGGACUCCAUGUACAUGGCGAGAUGAAAGUCGUCCAUGACUCGUUGCUCGGUUUCACCGGAAGGCAGGUCCACGUCCUGCACCUCGUUCCUGUACACAAGAAGAAAGCGAGGUACGCGAUGUGUGAGUUUAGUACGUCGGCAAGGGUCCCAUCGGGCU